CAACGGCGCAAAGUCAUCCUGCUCUCAGCACCAGAGCUGGAGGCUGUAUACAUUCUUAAAUGCAUAAAUACUUCUUUGCAUAUAUAUUUCUGUGAUUUUAUGCGACUGACACAAACAGACACUUCAUAAACUGUUGUUCAAACAGCACAAAGCGGACUAUGAGGGAUUGAACUGCACUUCCAUGAAAGUUUGAUCAUCUAAAUGCGCUCUCUGUGCAUUUAAUUCGUGUUCAAAUGUGGAUUCUUUACGUAAUUUAGGUCAUUCUGAACAAUAUACAUAUUUAAAACGGAGCAACAUCGGUGAACGUGAAGGAUUCCAAGCACGCGCGGAGGUCGGGAGAACACUGCUGCUCCUGGUGUGUGCGCUCUUGAUAACUUCAUCAUCGUAAUGAGACUGGCUUUACACAAAGGAUAUUUAAUAACAACAUUGAUGCAUUAAGCAUGUGUUGCGCGUUUGAACGCAUUUAGAAGAUGUGCAGAACGCAGCGGAGUCGCAUGAUUGGACAACUGUGCUCUGAUGUCCGCCGUACAGGAACUCAUCCAUGCCCCUCACCACCCCAGUCUUGACCUUCCUGAACAGUGAAGAACAAGCACUUUAAUUUUGAGGUACAUAAUCCCACACAUCUGGCUGCUUGAGCACCUCAGUGGACUCAUGGGUACUGUACUGUCCCUCUCGCCGGGUCCCCGAAAAUCUGGCUACUAUGAUGACCGGCCCGGUUCCCUAAGCCAUUAUCCAAGCCUGAGCAGCCGCUCUUUGAACACUCAGAAGGACCACAGUCUCAAACGUGGCCAUUCCAUCUUCCUCCCUGCUCUCACAUGGAAACGGCUGGUGGCCUCCACAAAGAAGCGAGGCGAGACCAAGAAAGGUUACCCUGGAGGGCAGGCAGCUCUCCGGGCUCCACUAAACAACAAUAACAUCUAUCAGAAGGAUCCGAUUUUGCACCUCAACCACGAGAAUGUGAAGAAGUCACUCUCCUGUGCCAACCUCACCAGCUAUGACGGUCCAGCAGGUCUGGGCUUGGGCAUGGGUCGGAGUGUUGGCUAUGGCAAAUCUAAGCAGAUCUCCUCCGUAAAGAAGGUUCCACCUACAUGCACUUCUUCACCCAAACGUGUGAUCGUCCAGGCCUCGACCAGCGAGCUGCUUCGUUGCCUGGGGGAGUUUCUGUGUGGACGCUGCUAUCGGCUCAAGCAUCUCUCCCCUGUUGAUCCGGUUCUGUGGUUGCGAGCUGUAGACCGCUCGCUCUUGCUCCAGGGCUGGCAGGACCAGGCCUUUGUCACUCCAGCCAAUGUGGUCUUUGUGUACAUGUUGUGUCGUGAUGUGGUGGAUGGUAACCUUGUGUCUUCAGAGCACGAGCUUCAAGCAAUUCUACUGACCUGCCUCUACUUGUCUUACUCCUACAUGGGCAACGAGAUCUCGUAUCCGCUCAAGCCCUUCCUCGUGGAGGCAGGUAAAGAGGCAUUCUGGGACCGUUGUCUGGCCAUUAUCGAUGUCACCAGUGCCAAGAUGCUGCGCAUCAAUGCAGACCCACAUUUCUUCACGCAAAUAUUCGCUGAUCUGAAGAGUGAAGGAGGUUGCGGACUGCAAGACUAUGCUAGAGUUUUGGACUUAUGAAAAUAGUAAUUGCAGAUUGUCUGUUCUUACGUUAAACCACCAUCAUCCCCUGAUGUUACCAUCAUUCCAUCUUUUUGGCGCCCCCAUAUGCCAUUUCACUUAGUGACGAGACUUUUGCUGAUAAUUCUGAAAGAAACUGAAAAAUGCAAACAUGGAUAAGAGUCUAUGGAGUAGAAUUGGAAAAAUAGCACUGCAUUUACAACAAAUUUUCUCCCCAAAGUUAUUCUUUUGCCUCUAAUUCAAAUAUCGUAGCUAAAACAUUAAUGCAACACUCAGUUUUGUUUUUUCUGUUACACCAUGUCCUAACCAGAUGCAAUGUGAUGCAACAAAGCGACAAGUGACUAAAGCACCUCUUCCAUGUAAAUCUGAAUUUUGUUGGUUGCUUGUUUUCCAUUUCUGCUGCAUUGGUGGGUAGCCCCGCCUAAAGUGAAACCCCACAGGUCCACAAUCCUGCUCUUCACAGCUGUAUAUUAAACAUCAAACAUCUUCUGAUUGGCUGUGAUUGUAUCACUUUGCACAGCAGUUAUGUGUUCAGCGUGGAUUGACAAAUUGCUUGUCGCAGGGAACUUGUUGCAUUGCAUCUGGUUAGUAGCAUGACUUCCAGCAUCAGCUCUUUUCAGUAGAUUUUUUUUUGCCUUGCAAACAAUUCCCAACUUUUUUCAUUUAGUCUGACACCCCAAAUGAAACCAUCCAACAAAGAAAAUUGAAGUGGGAGUGUGUAUGUGAUAGACGGCAAUCUUUGAGGAUAAACAGCUGUUGGUUAUUGAGUUGUCCUUCCUUUAUUUCAUGAGCUGGACGUUAGGACACCAGCUGCAGUGGCAUUAACAAGAUUAACAGAUUAGUGUCACACAUGCACACAUAGACACACCCACUCAGUUCUCAGUGCCUCUCCUUGCUCCCCAGCCUUUUAGUUUGAGUGGCUAAUCCAUGUAGGCCAUGCACAGUCCUAGUAUAUGUUCUGUCCGGAGUUUCUUGUCAUCUACACAGCAGUACAGUGUAAGUGUCAGGUUUGAAUUAGGGUGCUAUGAGUAUGAAGGAUAUUAACAAAGACAGUUUUAGUGUUUUCAGAUGAUUGCAAGUUUGUGGAGAUUCUGGCCAGUAUUAUCUUGAAGAUCAGUUUCUUUGAAAUAAAUGUCUGACUUCUGUUUUAGAAAGAAUUAGUCUGGGGUCAAUGCAAGUUAAGUUCAAUUGACGUCAUUUUUGGCAUAAUAUUGAUUACCACAAAAAUUAUUUUGACUUGUCCCUACAUUUCUUUAAAAAAAAAAGCAAAAAUCUGGGUUACAAUAGGCACUUACAAUGGAUGUGUGGCCAAUCUGUAAACAUUAAAAUAGUAACCUAUAGCCACAAAAUGUAAAUAAUAUGUGUUAACGUGUUUAGUGUGAUAAAAUCACUUACAAACCUGAGUAAAUUUAUAGCCAAUUUUACAACUUCGUGGCCAUGACGACAUUAUAACUAGGCGUAACUUUAAAAAUGACAAUUGAAACAAAGUUACAGCUCAAAUAAUACACAAUUUGUAACAGAAGAAUUAAUGUAAGUGCUUUUAUAAAAUUAUAAGCUUCACAUUUCUGCCUUUAAACCCUCCAAAAAUUUGCCCCAUUCACUUCCAUUGUAAGUGCCUCAAUGUAACUUCCAUUUUUACUUUUUUUAAAGAAACGGAAGGAGUCUAAAUUAUUAUUUGUGGUAAUCAACAUUAUAUCACAAAUGCAAUCAAUUGAGCAUAACUUGUAUUUAUUCCCAGAAUAUUCCUUUAUAGUCAACUGGAAAUCAAAAUUGACCCCAUUUACCCGGGCGUUAACCACCAUAGACUUUGAGGAGGACACAUACUGUAUAUUCUGAAUAUUGACCAAUCAAAACAGCACCGUCUGUUCAGCUUAAUAGUUAUCUCUCAUCUUUGACCUUCUACUUGCAUAAUAAGGUGUGAAAAGAGAGAUCAGACUAUUUUCAAAAACUGCAAAUUAACCGUUCUUUUAACUGUAAUAGAUUUAAAACCUACAUAGCAGCACUUGCACGUACACAUGCAAACACAACAGAUGCCCUCUGGAUCUGGGGUUUCAAGUGUCACCGCUCAGCUAGCCCAGACGCAAUAGAGGCGACAGCAGCAUGUGGCAUGGCAAUCACUCGUUAAUCUUAUUGUAGAGUUUUAUAGCAGGGCCAUUGGCGCCAUACUCCGGCUCCCCUGCAAAAGCCGACUUUAAACGCAUACUUCAGCCCACACAUGCUCUCAUAUAUGUGCACAUGCUUACUCAAAUCCACCAAUAACCACCAUGCAUACAUUUUCAAGCUGGUAAUCAUAAACACACAGAUACGUACAUGAAUAUGCACACACCUUUUCCCACACACAGAAGCGAUAAUCCUCUCUUGAUCCUUACCACCAAUCAGGUAGAGUGAGCUGAAAAUGCUGCAAUAACAAAUCAUGGUUUUGCCAGAGUCCAACUAAAACUUAAGGCUUGGCAAAAGCCUUUGGGCAAAAAAAGGACAAGCACUUUGAAAUGUCAGAGCUCAAUUUCCUGUUACAAAAGAAAUACAUCAACACAGGAAAGAACAUUUUAUUUUUUUGAACUAUUUCAUGCUGUCUUUUACAUAUUUGCAUGGUGAAAUACACUGGUGGGUAAGUUACUCAAAAAAGCAAUCCACUACAAAUUACUAUUUACUUCAAUAAAUUGUAAUAAGAUUACUUUUCUGAUUACAUACACAAAAAAGUAAUCCCAUCACUACUUUUCUGAUUACAUACACAAAAAAGUAAUCCCAUCACUACAUAAGUUACUUUCUAAAACACUUUUCAGAGAACAGUAUUUAAUUUUUUUUGGUUAACGAAUUCAAAAUAAUAUCUACAGUAUAUUUUCUCCUUGUUCAUUGUUGCACUGAAGUCAUUCACUCGGCAUCACACAUGGGGGCGUACACCCUUCAGCUGUCAUACAAACGCAAAGAGACAUACAUACAUAAAUAAUGCUAUUUUCGAAAUGUGUACCUCAAGUAAUUUACUUAAAAGUAAUCCAGCUUAAUUGAAAACCAGUAACUAAACUUAUUUUUAGAAUUUGAAAUGUAAAUUCAAUUGUUGUGCCAAUCAUGCACACUUAUCUCAUAAAUAAGUUUUUUCCUUAAGGCAACAUAAGUAUCCUCAUGUACAUGUGGUUGAGAUAUGGGAUGAAUGGUGAUAAAAGAAUGGUGAUAAUUAUCUUGUGCCUUGAUCUGGUUAUAAAUUCCCAUCCAUCCAUCCAUCCAUCGUCAACCGCUUAUCCUGUGUACAGGGUCACGGGGGGCUGGAGCCUAUCCCAGCUAACAUUGGGCGAAAGGCGGGGGACACCCUGGACAGGUCGCCAGUCCAUCGCAGGUUAUAAAUUCCCAACAUAUUGAAUAUCGCUUUGGUAGCAACCACAUUUGGUGGCCCUUUGAGGAAAAUACACACACUUGGUAGAAACUCAAGGAAAUCCAUGAAAAGUAGUGGUUAUAGAGGCAGAACUUGUAAUGUACUCAGGCUGUGUAGAAUAAUCAUAAGCCAAUUCAUGAGCCAUUUUCCUUUUAAAUGAUAAACUCCACCAAUGCUACUUUUUUAGCAGAGCCAUUUACUCUGUUGACAGUCAAUCAUUUUCAAAAGGACCUGAAACCAUUGAAUCAACUUUGAAGGAUGUGCUUGCACAACCAUCCUCACUACACCUCAAAUAUUUAAUAGAUCUUUAUAUAGAUACUUUUAAUGUGACACAACAAACUUACAAAGACCUCAAAGCCUGGCAGGGGGCUUAUUGAUUUUCCAAUGAAGACCAUUUCUGUCCUUAGACAAACAUAAACUUCUGGAUGUGGAACCUUUAGCACAAAGCAAAAGGGACAAAUGACACUCAGUUUUGAGAGUUGAGAUAGACUUAUGUUUUAAACUACUGAAUUAAGACACUUUGGUCACUCAGGAUCUGGAUGUUAAAUAGACUCCAUUGUACACUGCAAGUUGCCAUUACUCUAUGAGUUAUGGCUGCUAAGACUUUUCAAUGUAUUCUAUGCUGCUAAAUGUAUGUAAUAUUCAAAAGGAACUCCAAGUAGAGUCUCUCAGUGUGGUGUAAAUAUGCUGUUUGUACCAAUAUGAAAACUGCAUGUAUAUCAUUCAGGAAUUGCUACUGUAGUGGUGUAUGUGUCAAACACUUUUUUAUUAAUUGUUAUUUUCUUCAGUUUGUAUUUCAGUUUAAAGUUAAAUGGAUAUUUUAUUGUUUUAAUUCUAAUAAUUGUUAUUAUUAUUUUUACUGAAAGAUAUUAUCUGCUCUUCCCAAGUUUGGGACAUCUUAUGUAAACAGUAUUAGAAAGUGUAUCUCUUUAUUUCUAUUUCAGGGACAGCUUGCUCUGUGCACGUCGGCAAUUAUUGUAAAUGUCUCUGAAUACUGAAAUUAAAUGAAAAAUUGAGCAUUUAUAGCGCUAAGGCUUCACACUAAGGUAGCUGCAUGCAUAACUGGUGACCCACCACCAUUGUCAUUUCCUUUGUAAUUCCCAUGCAGUAUAGGUUAACUCAAUAUGGCUUAGCAAAACACAAACUCACUAAGACCUUUAAAUCCACUAUGUGCAAUUUCUGCACGGAUAGCGGCAUCAACCAGAAUUGAGAAUAUAACCAAAAAUUUCCCAAACAGUUUCCCAAAAGUUUUCCAUUGGUUAGACAAAUAGAUAGUCCAGCCCCAAACUAACACCAUUGGUUGAGCCAAUGCUGUUGAGUUGAGCUGCUCAAUCAGAGCAAUGACUGACAGGGCCACAGUGUUUACACAGCCUACGAAUGGCUUACUUACUCAUAGUUGUCUCUGUACAUUCAAUUGGGAGCAAGUAUGAGAAGAGUAUCAGCUAUAACUAAGAUUUGUCAAUUUGAUCAUGUGCGAGACGGCCUCAAAAAUAAUUUUUCCACUGUCUUACCUCUAAUUCAGCAGUGGUCUUAGAUUAUUUUCUGUUCUCUGAGACCGGGUGCUAAAUCAUUUCCUCAGUCUAUUGGGUUUCAUUGACAUCAUGAGUAAUCUUCAAAAACACAGACAAACAAUUUGUUGAGUCAAAAAGGCUUUUGGUGGAGGGCCUUUUGAAGAGCAAGCCAAUCUGGAUUAUUUAGGAUGGAACUCAUUAACUGGACACAAAAACUUCACGACUGGUCAUGUAUAUACCAAACUGUCCUCUUAAACCACCGUCAGUGGUGUAGUUUCGAAAACCUCCCAUACUCCUGUUGGCACAGUGAAAUAGUACACAUGAAUAUACUGUAGCUCACAGAGUGAUGCUGUUGUUGUUUGGACAACUUGAAAAAAAUAAUGUUCAAAAUGUGACUUCUGACGGUAGAAUUUAUUAUUAUUAUUUUUUCAGUUGAUUUAAAAAAAUGUAAUAAGGUAUUCAAAUUAUAUUUUGUCUUUCAGUUUUUGAAAACUAGGUGAU